AUGUCGACCGUUAUAAUUGGCGGCGGAAUCAUUGGCGUUUCCAUUGCGUAUUUCCUUUCCGACCCGGAGAUACAGAGGAAUCAUCCGGGAGAGAUCCACAUCGUCGACUCAUCUGGGGAGCUUUUCUCCUGCGCAUCAGGGUAUGCAGCGGGGUUCAUCGCUCGAGACUGGUAUGCUCCAGAGCUAGAACAGCUGGGAGAGUUGUCCUUUGGUCUGCAUCAGCAACUCGCCGCCGAGCACGAUGGAGCAGCUAAAUGGGGAUACAUGCCGAGUAUCGCAUUGAGUCUCCAGGUUGAGGACAAGGUCGACGAUGCAUCUAUGGCAGACGAACAGGACCCGUCGCCCACAUGGCUGACGAGACAGAAAGGCGGUACGGUAGAAAGGAUCAGUAACAAGGACUCCGUUGCACAAGUAGACCCCCUACAUCUGUGCAAAUUUAUGCUGGCCAGAUGCAUUGAACGAGGCGUACAGGUCCACAAUCCGGCCAGGGCUAUAUCCACGACCAAAGACUCAAGCUUGGGCGUGAUAUCUGCGGUGGUCAUAGAAGAUACCAGGACUCACGCAAAACGCAGCCUUCCAUGCACUAAUAUUGUCUUUGCUGCUGGGCCAUGGACUCCGCGGGCCUUCAGCUCUCUCUUCCCACUUUCCAGAGCCCAUAUUCCCGUGCUGUCGCUGUCCGGAUAUUCUCUCGUCUUCCGGUCGCCUCGCCAUACUCUCAGCCAGGAGCAGGAAGUCUACGGAGGGAAAAGUCACGCAGUAUUCACCACUCAUCCGCAGUCCUGUGGGUUCAGCCCGGAAGUAUUCUCUCGAACCAAUGCGGAAAUAUAUCUUGCUGGCUUGAACGGGCUAGACAUCCCACUGCCGGAGGUAGCCACUGAUGCUCACUCUCUCAUGACAAAGGACAAAUUAGCCCGUGUGCGAGAGGCAGCUCGCAUCCUGAUGGGUCGCCCUCAGGCAGACCAGGGCGGAGAAAACGUCGACGAUCUCGAGGUGGUCAGAGAGGCCCUCUGCUUCCGCCCGUAUAUAGAGUCCGGGUUGCCGAUUGUUGCCCGUCUGCGAGAUGCCAUUACAGGGGACGCAGGCCGGGUUUCUGGUGGACUUUUCAUGGCCACCGGGCAUGGCCCUUGGGGAAUCUCGCUCAGUCUGGGGACGGGCAAGGUUAUGGCAGAGAUGAUCUCUGGCAUGAAACCAAGUGCCGACGUGAGCGGACUUGGUUUCGAAGCAGAUGUGACUCGCAGCAAGCUUUAA